UAGCCCUCAAGAAUCGGUGCGCUUUUCGGACCUCGCCAGGCAACACGACCAGCGAGCGAAAUCCCUUUGCAUUUCGUGUCGCUGUGGCUAGUAGCAUUUCCUGAAACUGUGCGCAUAUAAAAAGCGGUCGACGGGAAAGGAACUAGCAUGGCGACCACCGCGGACGAGCGACAAACCCCCAUUCCCAAAGACGGACACGAUGACAAGGCCCAGGAGGGUGACUUAGAGGCUGCUGGGGCGCAGGCGGGGCGUCGAUUGGUGAAGCCAGAAGAAAGUUAUUCCUUGCCUGGAGUCUCGCCGGCACAUACACUACGAGGAGUGCCUGGUCAAGGCUUUGUUCCUGGGCGGACACCAAGCACAGCUAUUGUCUUGUCCCGGCGCAUGGAGAGCAACACUUUCAUUGGACGCGUGCAUCCCUCGAUGCAGCAGUUCUCUCUUGUCAGGGGAGGUCAGUUUGCACAGCCACCUCCUUCUAUAUACGCCUUCGUAUCCACAGGUGUAUAGGCACGUGCUUUACCGCCUGCAUGUAACAGGUGUAGGCGUGUGGCCAGCCUGUGACCGGCAGUCUAUUGUGUUAGGGCAGGAUGCCUCGAUCAUGUCCAGAACGCUUGUACAGCUGGUAGGUAGGUCUGUCCAGCCACAUGAUGAAUUUUUUGAGGAUGCAAGAAACACAACUGUCAGACGGCGAAAGGCAUCGUUUCGUCACUCAAAGUGGUUCGUCGACAAGAGAAGCCCAAUCCACUGCCGACCUACGAAGACGCAGGGCGUCAUUCUUGAACACAGUUGAAAUAAUCGUUUUAGCAGUGUGCGCGGGUGUUUGGUGCUUUCCGAUUCUUUGCAUUCGCAGCUAAUGUGUGCUCUACCCACGACAGCUCCCUUUACGUGCGUGUGCAGCUGGAGACGUACAGCUUCGGACUCCAAUGUCAGAUGAGAUGGGUCGCAGUAUCCAUCUGGCGCAUGCACUCGGCCUUGAGGCCGACGACCUACUGCGGCACGGGGAACAGAGUCAAAAAGGUAGACGUCGGCCAUUUUACAUGUAUUGAUAGAUGUCCAUGUCCACUUUAUAAAGCGAACGCCGCAGGAAGAGGCCGGAGCGGAAUGCGACCGUCUACGUUUGGAGAACACUGAAGGUUGUCUUAAACAUAUACACUGUUUGCGGACGUAUCUCUCUCACACAUGAGUAUCUCCGAACCACAUUGCAACUGCUGUUUGAUCUGUCAAACAUCCCAGACUCUUCUACUGAGCUGGAUCAGGAGACAAGCUACCGGUAACAUGGGUAGCACCACUGUACUGUCAAGCAACAGUCAGGUGGUGUUCUUCAUGAUUAACUCUCAGUGGCAGGAAUGUCCACAUAUAAUUACACUGUUUCCGGAAAACCCCACUCGAUUUUUUGAGUGAGACUGCUUCUAUGGACCAAUUUGUUUUUUCAGGAGGUUCUGAAGGAGGAGGCGAGUUAGGCGGAGACCGAGAGCGCGACUCUUUGACGCCAGAGCUCGGAAGGUUCGAGCAUCUCAUCUUCAAUAUGCAAAAGUAUUUUUGUGAGUUCUUCGCAGCACUCGUUAUCGUCAGUGCAGUUGCCUUUGGUUUAGCGAAGGAAGGCGGUGCCCAGGCAGCGCCACUGUCUAUCACGAGCACCAUUUUUGCCCUGAUUACGUUGUUCAAAGAUAUCAGCGGUGCACAUUUCAAUCCGGCGGUAUCAUGUACAAUUUAUAUGACAGAUCCUCGCUUUACUCUGGUAGAUCUUUUAUGCUACGUAGCUGCUCAACUGAUAGGCGGUACUGUCGGAGCGUUUAUUGGAUAUGGAAUCAUGGGAAAGGCCCUGGAUAUCCUCCCCUUAGAUCCGGGUAUGAGCGCAAGCCGCCAGCUGUUCCACGAAGUCAUUCCUACAAUGGUUAUGAUCUACGCUGUCCUCGUUCUCGUUUUCGGAUAUGGGGUAAUGUGGGAGUUGACGGUCCCUUUCGUCGUCGGCGCGUGCGUCUUGGCGGGGGCGUUUGCGGGGGCGACGAUGAACCCAGCAGUCACAUUUGGUAUUUUUAUUUCAAACAUCUGUACAAAGAACACAAAUAUUGAUGUUGCUGCACUGCUGGUAACGUUAUUUGGGCCGUUUUUGGGUGCCAUGUUCGCAUUCCUGGGUUACGUCGGGACGCAUGCCUAUCACAAUCCUGUCCCACUACGCUUCUUGAACUUCAGGGGGCUCUGAAAGAGUGAACGGCGGCACGGGGACCCGGAGUGUAGAGUGAGAGUGUGGAGGGAAAGGGGAAAAGGACGGCGGGAAAUGGAGAGUGCCAAAGAAAGCAGAGGUGGGAGAGAAAAGGAAACAGAAACUAUCACGGGGGAACACAAGGGCGAGGCACUUGAGAGACGGGGUGAGCUGUGAGAGGCUGACAAAUAGAGAGAUAGACGGGGAGGGAGACAGAGAGGAAGAACGCGAGAUAGAGGACGGGAGACGGGAAAAGUGGACAUCUAAAACUGAUUUACAAUGAGGGGGAAAACAUACAAAAGGGAAGGUAAUAAAGAACUUCCAGACCAUCACUCGUGCAGGACACGUGUGCCUGUGCGAUGUUUUACGUCCGAAUAAUCCAGAAUUUCCCUUGGUGACUUAGAAACAGGGCCUUGAACUGGAUCAGGCCCUUCGAACGGCGGGGGAAUCACUAUCUGCUGUUAAGGCCGCAGAUUGUGUGUCCGGAAGACGCGUUCGCGCCUCACGCGGACAACCGAGACUGUGUUGUGACGCAAGGCUUCUCUUGUGUCGUAUACGUUGAACACAGUUAGGGAAAGGUUCACGGAUGGCAGCUGGCGCCAGCAGCAGUGUGUGCAAGGACUACACCAGUGGCGGUUUCAACAUUUGUUUAAACCAGUACUGCUCUUCCAAACCCAUGUAUUGAUGGCGACACCGUGCCGGUGUCUGGCUGCUCUAUGAUUUCGCCAAGAGCGAGUUCGCAUGAAGUAGAGGGGAGUUGAGCGAUGACUUUCUGCAGCAGUGGGAGUUGCCAGCGCCUCCGACUGAAUUUAAGAGGACGAGUCCUGACCA